UUUUAACAGGGUCUCUUUGUUUGUGUUAUACUGCAUAUUUAAAAGAAUGGAAAAAGCAGCAGCCAGCGGAUUUCAGAAACAGAAAUCAGAGUCGAAAUCUGAAAAUGAUAUUUCUAUGCAUGCUUCCGACAAAAAUUUGCAGAAGAAAGUAGAGGAUGUGCAAAGAUACGAAAGAUAUUGUCCAAGAGUUGUCAGUGUCUUCCGAUCCGGAGAGAGAGAAAGUGAAAGAGAAUUAAAAAUCACAAAAUAUCAAUUCAAAAGGUGGACUUUCCUCGUGACAGCAAAAGAAUCUAAGGAUAUUUUGAAAAAGAAGUUAGAAGAUAUUCAGACAGAAAUUACACUGAAAAUAGCCAAUGCUUGUUGUACAGUUGAGUAUUUCUCAAGGCAGCAUGAGAAAAAUUUCGAAUCCUGGGUAGAGAGAUGUUCUAAGGUAACAGAAGCGUGUUUCAGAGAUUUAGAAUUGUUAUCUGUCAAUGGAGAAGUGGAAGCAAUCCAACAUCUUUCAAAACAGAUACAGAAAGCAAAUGAAGAUCAUUUUAUUUCAUUAUUUGAGAUGAAGGGUGUUAGCGGCAUUUUCCUACUAGGAAGAGGAGAACACAUUAUUGAGGUUAUUUUAGCCUCGCACGCAUAUUUCAAAAACUUCAUUAUACAAAGACCCGAGAACAAUGAAAACAUUGCAUAUAAGGUAUUUGACAUCUCUUCACUGCAAUGUCGUUGUAUGGCAGCGUUUAAUGGAAUUGAACAGACAAAAGAGAAAUACCCGUACCUGAAAGUUUAUCAAAGUGGUGAGAAUGUCAAGAUGAUUGGAAAUGAAAAUGACUGUGCAGCAGCAUCAGAAUUUCUGAAAACAAAUGGCUGGAUGACGGGUGUUCAAUAUGGAAGAUGCAAACAGCUUAUCUGUUUUGAAUUCUUUUUGAAGAGAGUAAAUGUGCAAGCCUUUAUUGAUGGUGGAAUAACAAAGUAUGCUGGUACAUGGGCAGUUACUAAAUGUACCGAACCUUUGAACAAUGAAUUAGUUUUCAUAUAUGGGAAAACUAGAUCUGAUGUGGAAGGGAUAUUGAAUGUUAUCUUAGAAUCUAUCAAAAUCAAAGAGAUUUCAAUUACCUCUGCGGCAUGUAAUGAGAAAAAUAUACAAAAAUGGAAAGCGUAUGCUGAGAAAUUUGAACAGAGUUUUGGGGGAAAAUUUAGUUUGCAAAUUAGCACCCAGAAAGAUCCAGGACUUGUUGCAUAUUUUGUCUUCACUGCUGACCUUGAAGAUGAGGAAAGUUUAAAGAUACUUGUAAAUGAAAUCGAAUUAGAAAUACCAAGAAAGGAAAAGAUUUCAGUGGAACCAAAACAUUUGAUUUGGCUUCAAAAAUGCUAUUUUGAUAUUUUGAAAACAGAGGCGAAGAAAAAUGGCAUUGAUUUAAAAUUUGUUUCGAAAAAUAAUGUACAUCAAGUGGAAAUCACAGGUCUUUCUACCGCUUUAAUGGAGAUAAAACAUUUAAUUCAUUCAAUCUGUCCGAAAGAACAGAAUAUAUUGCUCCCCUUUGCAUCUUUACCUUCCAAGGUCACAGAUUUUCUGCGCGAUUCCCAAUGCUGCUUUGAGUACUGUCCAUUUAAAAAUUCACGAUUGUGGAUAAAAGGGACUACAGGAAUAGUCGUUUACAAAGGCGAGUACGGAACAGAUUGCCUCUACUCUCUACUCCAAGUGAGGGCAUUGGAGUCUGAAGGAAAAG